UGUCAACAUCAAAAUCUCAUUCACAAACCCAAUUCCAAGGAACAGUCUUUCCAACAGCUUCCAAAGUUUUGAUUUUUGUAAGAAUCAACGAGCCAAAGUUUCGAUUUUUAGCCGAUGGGCGGGUCAGGAAACUGGAUUAAAUCACUACUAUCUCACAGAAAACACGCUGAUGAUCAUCAGCAGGAGAAGUUAACCAGCAAGAAGAAGUGGAAGCUGUGGAGGCUUUCAUCCGAGAGCUUCACAUCAUCCUCCUCCUCCUCCAAAGAAUGUUUCCUCAACCGCCGUGGAAGCUACGGACUUUCUUCUCUAGGCUCAGAGCCACCUUCCUUCUCCGCCGACGAGGCUUUCGCUGUCGCCAUGGCAGCUCUCAUUCGAGCUCCUCCCAAGGAUUUCUUACUGGUUAAGAGAGAAUGGGCUUCUACAAGAAUCCAAGCUGCUUUUCGUGCUUUCCUGGCAAGACAGGCGUUUAGAGCUUUGAAGGCUGUAGUGAGAAUCCAGGCGAUAUUUCGUGGUAGACAAGUUAGGAAACAAGCGGCUGUUACGCUCAGGUGUAUGCAAGCUCUUGUUCGUGUUCAGUCUCGUGUGAGAGCUCAUCGCAGAGCGCCUUCAGACUCUACUGAACUUAAAGAUUCUGCAAAGCAGAGCGAGAAGAGUUGGUGUGGUAGUCCAAAAAGUGUUAAGGAAGUGAAAACUAAGUUACAGAUGAAGCAAGAAGGAGCUAUUAAGAGGGAGAGAGCUAUGGUGUAUGCUCUCACACAUCAGUCGAGGACGUGUCCAAGCCCAAACGCAAGAUCUAUCAAGAAUCUUGGUUUGCGCAAGAGCGGUCCCGGUAGGAACUGGUCUGAGAAAUGCAGUGACAGCAGCGUAUCGUCUGAACACGAGACUGUAAAAGUCAGGAAGAACAAUCUUACUUCGACCAGAGUUCUUGCUAGACCUCCUCAUCUUCUACCUCAGGUCUCAUCUGGCACAAGUUCAGAUUCUUUACACGACGAGACAUCAACCUCGUCGACAUCUCUAUCGCCAGUUGCAUUCCCCGGCAGGGUACUUGAAAGUGGUGGGUAUUAUCGGAAGCCGAGCUACAUGAGCCUGACACAAUCUACUCAAGCUAAGCAGAGAGGAUCAGGAUCAUCUUGCAAUGGUGAUGCAAGAAGCAGUGCUGCUGGUUCAGACCAGUGUACUGAUUUAUACCCACCGGAGAUAGUAACUGGAAGACAUCUCUGGGCCAAGAGCCAGCGAAGCUAAAAAUGAACGAGUUAUGUUUGUUUCUUUUCAAGUCAGUUUCAACAGCCUGUUGCUUUCUCUUCGUCUUGUUUCAGGAGCGGUUCCUGUUAAACAUAUAUACACGAACUAUAUAUAGAUACAGAAACAGCUUCUGUGUACGGAUUACAUAUAAGAAUAUUGAUGUGAGUUAUUUGAGCUUUGUAGUGUUUGGCUACUUAAGCCACUUCUAAGUAACUUGAAAUCUGGGUCUAUUUUGUUCAUCCUUGUUUGUUUUAAACC